AUGAAAUACAUUAAGGGCCUUUUGCUGCCCGCCCUGCUGGCACUAGCACCCUCGCCCGCCACCGCAAAGGACGACCCGCUCGUCGUGCCGACGCCCUUCAAAAAUGAGCUUGUCAACCUCAUGUACUUUGACGAUUCUGGAGUCGCCUUGGUACAAGAACUCGACACGGGCAAGAUAUACCGCUCGCACGAUGCUGGCAAGGGCUGGGAACAAUUAAAGGAUAUCCAGGGAUUAGGCAUCAUCAAGAAUCCAUUCGACAACAAGGUGGCGCUGGUACUGAGCGAGAAGAAGCACUGGAUUACAUUUGACCAAGGAGAAACAUGGAAAAGUUUCGAGACGGAACUUGCACCUUCGCCGGCAGGUCCAGUGGGUUGGCACGCGCAGGACAACAAGAAGAUACUCAUCAACGAGAUUGAGAACUGCUUUACGGCGCCGUGUCUCGGAAGGACAUACUACACCACCGAUGGCUUCAAGACUGAGCCCAAGGGCCUGAUCAAGGAUCGCCGAAUGUGCCAAUGGGCCAAAUCCUCGGAGAGAUUUCUCCAAGGCGUCGACAAACACGAUGACCGUAUACUGUGUAUCACAAGGGGAAAAUACUCGGAUAGAUCCAAAGACUUUAGACUUCUCGUGUCAGACGACUUCUUCGAGCACAUGGAAGAGCCCACCAUGUCCUCUGGGCGUACUGUACAGGGCAUGGCCAAUAUGGCCGUGGCUAAGGGCUACAUCGUCGCCGCUGCCAAAGCCGAACAUUCGAGCGAACUCGCGCUCUACGUAACCCAGGACACCGAUUCCUGGCACCACGCCCAAUUCGGUGACCACAAGAUUGAAGAAGAUGCGUACACAAUUCUCGAGUCCACAAACUACAGCAUACAAGUCGAUGUCAUGACAUCCAAGUAUGUCGCCAUGGGCAAUUUGUAUACCAGCAACUCCAACGGAACAUACUUUACCAAGAACGUCGAACACACCAACCGCAACGAUAACGGAUAUGUUGAUUUCGAGAAGAUUGCAAAUAUCCAGGGUGUGGUGCUUGUGAAUACGGUUGACAACUACAAAGAGGUUGAAAAGUCGGGCCAAACCAAGAAGCUAAAGUCGCGCAUCAGUUUUGAUGACGGCAGAACUUUUGAAAAGCUCACAGUCAAGGGUAAAAACGAAGAACUCCAUCUGCACUCCGUCACCAAUCUGCACAACAGCGGCCGCGUUUUUUCGAGCCCAGCACCAGGAAUUGUCAUGGGUGUUGGAAACACCGGGGAGUUCCUUGGCAAGUACACCGAUGGCGACCUAUAUGUUUCCGAUGAUGCAGGUCUCACGUGGGAACUUGCGCUCGAGGAAGCUCACAAAUACGAAUUCGGCGACCAGGGAUCCGUCCUCGUGGCAGUUUUUGACGAAGGUGACACUGACGAGAUCAGAUACUCGUUCAAACAUGGACGAAAGGAUACCUGGAAGAAAAUCAAGCUUGACUACAAGAUCCGCGCACGCGAACUAACGACGCUGCCCGAUUCGACAAGUUUGAAGUUCAUGCUGUACGGAUCCAAGAAGAAGGAUGGUGGCGGCCGCGAGCACGUCAUCGUUCACCUUGACUUCACCGACAUGCUCAAGAAGUGUGGAGACAGCGACUUUGAUGCCGAAUGGUCUGUGCGAAAAGACGCAGAUGGGGCUGCAAGCUGUGUCAUGGGCCAUAAGCAGCUGUUCCGAAGGCGAAAGUGGGAUGCUGAAUGCUCUGUUGGCGAAGUUUUCAAAGACCCGGUUCCCACCUUCAAGCCUUGCGACUGCGACCAAUUCCGGGACUACGAAUGUGACUUUGGCUUUGCCCCUGUUGGUGAAGGCAAAGACAAGAAAUGCGAGCCUGACGAUUCGUUCAGCCUACCAAAGGGAGCUUGCGAAGGAGAUGCCAAGACGUACAAAGGCAGUUCGGGCUGGCGAAAGAUUCCCGGCAACCAAUGCAAAGGUGAGACGGACAGAGACAAGCAGGUCGAGCGCGAAUGCAAAGCCUCGGAGAAGCGGCCACCGCAGAGCAAAGAGAUUACCAAUGAAAUCACCAAGUUUAAGGGUGGUGAGUUCGUGGAGCAGUACUACCUUGAGCGCAACACCCAAGGUGAAGACACUGGCAACGAGCGAAGCAAAGAUGAGACAGUUGUCAUGCUUACCGAUGAGCGUACGGCCUACAUAUCGCACGACCACGGAAAGAAGUGGAAGAAGGCUAUCGAUGAUGAAAUUGUUAGAAUCUACCCUCAUCAGUACGAGAACAACAAUGUCUAUUUCCUGACUGCAGGAAAGAAAGUUUACUACUCCGAGGAUCGCGGUCUCCAUGACAGCAUUCACUCGUUCAACGCGCCCGCUGUACCCAACAAGGAAAUGCUGCCCAUUAUGCAGUUCCAUCCCAAGCAAAAGGGUUGGAUCAUUUGGGUUGGCGGCAAGAACUGCGAAAAGGCGGGAGACAAAGAGUGCCACACUGUAGCCUACGUUUCACAGAAGAACGGCGAGGACGAUAGCUGGGAGUCUCUUGUGCCAUACGUCAAGAAGUGCAUGUUUGUCUGGCGCGAGACUGGGCGCAGUGUCAAGGAAGAGCAAGUGUUUUGCGAACAACACACGAAUGAGGAAACGAAUGCCCCGCUGGAGCUCAUCUCGAGUGACGACUGGUUCAAGAAGAAGGAUGUCAAGUUCAAGUCGGUUGUGGAGUUCGCAACCAUGUCUGAGUUUAUCAUGGUUGCGACCAAGGCUAAGGAUAACAGUCUCCGCCUGGAUGCCAGCUUGGACGCCAGCACCUUCGCCGAGGCCAAAUUCCCUCCCAAGUUCUUUGACGUGCACCAGACUGCAUACACGGUGCUGGAUAGCUCUACGCACGCAGUCUUUCUGCAUGUGACGGUGAACCCAACACGAGACCAGGAGUAUGGUUCUAUCAUCAAGAGUAACAGCAAUGGCACUUCUUACGUCAUGAGCUUGGGCGGCGUCAACCGAAACAAUGAGGGUUAUGUCGACUUUGAGAAGAUGCAGGGUCUUGAGGGUGUUGCUGUUGCCAAUGUGGUUAUCAACAUUGCAGAGGUUGACAAGGGCAGCAAAAAGAAGAAACAGAGUCGUAUCACUCACAACGACGGUGCCGACUGGGAGUCUCUGCAAGCGCCUGAGAAGGACUCUGAUGGCAAGCCGUACAAGUGUGAUGUGUCGAACAAGGACAAGUGUGGUCUGCACAUUCACGGAUACACGGAGCGUGCUGAUCCCCGUGAAAUGUAUUCGUCUCCCACGGCAGUAGGCUUGAUGCUUGCUGUCGGCAAUGUUGGACCCGAGCUGACAACAUUCGGCGAGGCCGACACCUUUAUGACUACUGACGCGGGUAUCACGUGGAGGGAAAUCAAGAAGGGCACCUACGCGUGGGAGUUUGGCGAUCAAGGAUCCGUCAUUGUCAUUGUGCGACGAGGUGAAGACACGGACCACGUAUACUACUCGCUUGACAGCGGCGUAGAAUGGAACCUGUACAAGUUCUCUGACCACAAGAUCCGGGUCGACGCUAUCACAACGGUACCCAGCGAUACGUCGCUCAACUUUCUUCUCUGGGGCAAAGACAGCAAGGAGCUUGUUACCGUCAAUCUCGAUUUCUCCGGUCUUCCAGAAUUCAGCAAGGAAUGCAAACUCGACGAGCACGAUCCUACUCGCGGCGACUACGAUCUUUGGAGUCCCCAGCAUCCCCUUCAGCAAGACCAGCCUGAAUGUCUGUUUGGGCACGUAGCCCAAUACCACCGCAAGAAACGGGGUGUCAAGUGCCGGAACGCACAGCGCAUUGAUCAAAUGCACGACAUUGCACGCAACUGCUCUUGCACAAGGCGUGAUUACGAAUGUGCAUACAACUACGAACGCGACUCCAGCGGCGACUGCGUACUCGUACCUGGUCUCGAACUCCCAGACGCCUCAGCUGUCUGCAAGAACAAGGGCGUAAAAGAAUACUGGUCCAACAGUCGCUUCCGCAAGAUCCCACUGUCGACGUGCGAAGGCGGAAACGAAUUCGACAAGACAGGCGACGUGCAUCCAUGCCCUGGCUUCGAAGAAGAUUUCCAGAAGAAACACGGCAUCGGAGGCUUCUCUCUCUUCCUCGCCAUCGUACUGCCGUUUGCAGCCGCGGGCGGAAUCGGAUACUAUGUCUGGCGCCACUGGGACGGCAAGUUUGGUCGUAUCCGGCUGGGCGAGGGUGGCGGCAAUGGCGUGUUUGAUAGCGAUGCGCCGUGGGUUAAGUGGCCCAUUGCAGCGGUGUCAGGACUUGUGGCCGUUAUUGCUGCGCUGCCGUUGCUAGCGGGCAGUGUGUGGAGGUGGGCUGCUGGGCGUAUGGGCGGUGGACGUGGUGGAUAUGGGGGCUACGGCCGGACGUAUACUUCUCGAAGCAGUUUUGCUCGUGGAAGAGGAGAUUACGCGGUUGUGGAUGCGGAUGAGGGGGAGUUGCUGGGGGAUGAUGAUAGUGAUGAUGAAGUUUAGGGGAGGAACAUGGGGGGUUCUUUUGUAAGUGGUUAAGGGUUGUUGCUAUGCUCUCUUUGUU